CCUUUGUCUUGCCUACAGAGCACAAUCAAGGAAAACCUCACAAAAUAAAAGAAGAGAAUAAUGCCGGCUGAGUGGCAAACCGCUCCAAGCAGCGUUCAGCAGAGGAUCACAUCACCGGGACAUGGCGCAAGGAAAUAAUUAUGGGCAGAGCAGCAACGGGGUGGCUGAUGAGUCCCCGAACAUGCUGGUGUACAGAAAGAUGGAAGACGUCAUAGCCCGUAUGCAAGAUGAGAAAAAUGGGAUUCCUAUUCGUACAGUUAAAAGUUUUCUUUCCAAGAUUCCCAGUGUCUUUUCAGGUUCUGACAUUGUUCAGUGGUUAACGAAGAAUUUAUCAAUAGAAGACCCAGUGGAAGCUCUACAUUUGGGGACAUUAAUGGCAGCACAUGGCUAUUUCUUUCCAAUCUCAGAUCACGUUCUAACACUAAAGGAUGAUGGCACCUUUUAUCGGUUCCAAACACCCUAUUUCUGGCCAUCAAAUUGUUGGGAACCGGAAAACACAGACUAUGCGGUUUACCUCUGCAAGCGAACAAUGCAAAACAAAGCGCGGCUUGAGCUAGCAGACUAUGAAGCAGAAAGUUUGGCCAGGUUACAACGAGCAUUUGCCCGGAAAUGGGAAUUUAUUUUCAUGCAAGCUGAAGCACAAGCAAAAGUGGACAAGAAAAGAGACAAGAUAGAAAGAAAAAUCCUUGAUAGUCAGGAGAGAGCAUUCUGGGAUGUACACAGACCUGUGCCGGGCUGUGUAAACACGACUGAAGUGGAUAUAAAAAAGUCUUCAAGGAUGAAAAAUCCACACAAAACAAGAAAGUCUGUCUAUGGACUACAAAAUGACAUUCGAAGUCACAGUCCUACCCAUACACCAAUACCAGAAGCUAAGCCACCCACAGAAGAUGAACUACAUCAAGAGAUUAAGUAUUGGCAAAUACAAUUAGAUAGGCAUCGAUUAAAAAUGUCAAAAGUUGCAGAGAGUCUAUUAGCCUACACAGAGCAGUAUGUGGAAUACGAUCCAUUUCUUGUGCCCACUGACCCUUCUAACCCUUGGAUAUCAGAUGACACUACUUUCUGGGAACUUGAAGUAAGCAAAGAGCCAGGACAGCAGAGAGUAAAGCGAUGGGGUUUUGGCAUGGAUGAAGCACUGAAGGACCCUGUUGGAAGAGAACAGUUUCUUAAAUUCCUGGAGUCAGAAUUCAGCUCAGAAAACUUAAGGUUCUGGAUGGCAGUAGAAGAUUUGAAGAAGAGACCUAUUCGUGAAGUUCCUGUUCGAGUCCAGGAAAUUUGGCAGGAGUUUCUUGCUCCAGGUGCUCCCAGUGCCAUCAAUUUAGAUUCAAAAAGCUAUGACAAAACUACACAGAAUGUGAAGGACCCUGGAAGAUACACAUUUGAAGAUGCGCAGGAGCACAUUUACAAACUGAUGAAAAGUGAUUCCUAUCCUCGUUUUAUACGAUCCAGUGCCUACCAGGAGCUGCUACAGGCCAAGAAAAAGUUGGAUCACACACUGGAUCGUCGAACAUCUUUUGAGAAAUUCACACGCAAUGUGGGGAAAUCGCUCACAUCAAAGAGGUUAACCAGUCUAGUGCAGUCCUACUAAAGGAUCACCUUGUAGCAUGGAAGCAGACUCAAAUCAUUAUACAUACUUUGUAGCUCACUGAUUGCCUGAAUCAGAGGACAGUAGAACAAGAUGUUGCAUGAGCAAGGACCUGACUUGUUUUCUUUUGUGUAUACUAAGGCAUUACAGACUCCGAGGGACUCUCUAACUUUCGAUGCCUCCAUUUCGAAAAUUGUCUGCUCACUUCCUUCUUCAUAUCAAGCUGGAUCUGUGUCUUUUUAUUUUCUGCAAGCUCAAGUACAGUGAAAAAAAGCUUCUGCUAGACACAGUUUAUUAAAAAAAAUGCCAUCAGUCAAAAACUGGAAGAAAUAUAAGAAAAAUGCAUACAUAUACUAAUAAAUAUACAUAUGAUAUCACAUUUGCUGCACAAUAAAUUAGCACAGAAGGUUCCAUUUCACCUGAUGUAUUCACAUUGAGAAAGAAAGCCUGUGUCUUUGUCUGUUGUCUAUAUUCUCUGUUAAUGUUUCUUGCAUUUAUUUUUAUACCAUAUUUAAAAAAAGAACACCUUUUACUCCAAAUGUAUUAA